AUGAAUCCCCCGUCUGCUUUAUACGGAGCCAUGAAUAAGGAACGUAAACCUUUUACGUAUACACCGGGAGGAUUAGAUCUCUCCGAGAUCAAGUCAGAACGGAUGGCCCAGCGCUUGAUGAGGAAUGCUAUGAGCGAAGGAGUUCCAGAGACGCCAGUUCAUAAAAUACAAUCUCCUCCAAUCGCAACUGGUAUAAUACCAAACUUUAAUUGUUUACCGGUGCAAGUUUUUCCAACAUUUCAAUUGCCAGCUAAUCCCAAGUCUUUGUUGAGAACAAGGAGUAAUACGGAUGCACCUAAAGAACAACCGUCAAAUAACAUAACACCAGUAUCUAGUCUGACAAAAAAUAAGCGUAAUAGUGAUUCGUUUCAAGAAAUAAACAAGCCUUCGUUGGAACAAUUCAACAAUAACAACAAUAUCAGUUCUAAUUAUAAACUGGCUUCAAUGUACGAUUACAAACCAAUGUCUGAUAAUUCUUAUACUUUACAACCUAAUUAUGGAAGCUAUGGUCGUACAGAUAUAUUAUCGACUGAAAAAAAUUACGAUGCCCAGUAUUUUCAAUUAGAACCACAAGAAACGAUUACUUCCAAAGAAAAUAUUUUGCUGUGUGGAAAUUCCAAUGUAUAUUCAGAUAUUUUGAAAAAUCCUCCUGAUAAUCAAACGAAUCCAGAACACUUGAAUGCUACGCAUUUGCAAGAUAUAGCGUCAAAUAAUUACGAACAGAAAGAGGUGAAGAUAGUUAAAACACAAACUAAGACAGGAAAUGAAAAAGAUCAAAACGGUGACACUGAAGCAGAGGUUAUUGUAAAGUUACCUACAAAAGCAUCAGCAGCUAAAACUGAGACAAAAGUUGAAGUUUCAAAAAAAACAUUACCUGAUGGUAAGAUUGAAGAAGUUAAAAAAACAAUCACAAAAACGACUGUAGAUGGAAAUACUAAAAUUUCUACCAAAACAGAAACUCGUAUAAUACCGAAAGAAAUUGCUGAAUAUGUAGAUGAACUUGAAGAACAAGAGGAAGAAACUGAAAACGUAGAUUUUAAAGAAAAUGAAAAUUCUGCUGUGACUAAAGUAAAUGAAUCUAUCGAAAAUGCAGACGAAAUUGCAGAAGAAAGCGACGAAGAAAUAAUAAAAAAAACAACAAAGACUGAUAUAAAAGAAAAUGGACAUAUCAUAACUAAAAAUGAAAAAUCUGAGUCCAGUACAACCAAAAAAGUGGUUGUGAUACAAUCGACUGGUGAAGAAUCUGAAGAAGAAGUAGAAGAGGAGGUGGAAGAGGAAGAGGAAGAAGAAACUGGAGACGCUGAUGUAGAAGAAAUAGUUGUACUCAAGAAACCACCAAAUAAAGAAGAAGAAAACGUGCAAGUCGAAGAAAAUAAAGAAAAUUUAAAUGAAGAUGAGCCCCAAGAUCAAGACAAGCAGGAACAGGAACAAGAAGAAGAGGAAGAAGAAGAGGAAGAGGAAGAUGACAACAAACCCAUGAAAGUUGCGAAUGAAGAAGAAAAUGCAGAAAAAGAUGCUAGUGACGUAGAAGAAGAACAAAUCAGCGAGGAAGCUGUGGAAGAAAAAGAAGCAGAAAAUAUAGUUAAUGAAGAUAGCAAUACUAAAGAACAAAAUAAAGAAGAAGUUGAAGAUAACUAUGAGGAAGCUGAAGAUUCCGAAAAAAAAGUUGAAGUACAGGAAAAACUAACUGAAACAAAACUAAACGGAGUAUCUGAGGAGUUACAGGUAGAAAAAGAAAGUAAAAAGGAAGACAAUACUAUUUUAGAACAAGAAGCUAUAAAUAUUCCCGUAGUGCGUGAAGAAGAACUAAAUCAAAAACAAGAAAUUACGGAAGAUCUUUUACAAAAAACAACGAGCACAUCAGAACCAAAAGUAUCAUUUAGAGAACCUUCUAUUCCAUUGGAAAAAGUAGAGGAUAUUGAAAUUAAACCAAUAAUACCAGCAAAAGAGAUUAUAAAAAAAUCUCACACAGAAAUUAUAACUAAAACGACAGACCAACCUUCUGGAGCUUUGAGUACUCAGACUGAAUACAACCGCACAGAAAAUAUUGUAACAGUAAAUCGGACAACAAAAACCUUAGACCAUGCCUACGAAGAAAUACAGCCAGUUCCUACAUUGAAGACCUAUUUUUCACCAAUCAACGACAGAAGAUUGUCAACUCCACAACCAGUAUCAAAACCUCAAGCGCCCGUAUUUACACCAGAAGCACAAACAGAAAGACGUCAUAGCCUGCUCCUUGAAAGGCUAAGCGUAGAUCGUCAAGUCCCCCCUGCCUCGGAUAUUUAUCAAAAUAAUUACCCGAGUCAUCAAGCCUAUGAUCAAAAUCAGUGGUUAGAUGAACCACAGUCCGAAGUUUUAACAGUAAGUAAUGUAAAACCUAGCACCAUAACGAAAAACCAGCAAUGGUACCAACAAACGAAAAAAGAAAACUAUACAACUAAUACAGUUUCACCAACUCCAGUUCUUCCAAGUCAAAUUUGGAAUCAACAAAAUCAAGCUCAGCCUCAGAGUCAACCCCAGUAUCAAACAUAUACACAACAAUCAUAUACCCCCAAACCAGAGUACCAAUCAACGUACGUAGAAAACAAUGCUCAGAAUAUAUAUAAAAGUAAUAAUAACAAUAUUCAACAAAACAGUUAUCCGGGUUAUACUCCGAAACCAAGUUGGGUAAGCAGCACUUUCGAAUCAAAGCCAGUAUCUAGUACUCCUACUAAUCAAUACUUUAGUCUGAGAAAAGAAUCUACGGAAAACUAUCAAAAAUCAGCUCAACAGUAUAAUUCAUCCUACGUGCCACCCCCAUGGGAACAGGAUUCUAGUUACAUCGCUGAGAAUCAAAAUUAUUAUCAGCCGCCUCCUAAUGUGUCUUAUACUCCAUCAACAAAUCAAAGCUGGAAACCAAAGUCACCUCCGAGCAAAUUUUCGAAACCCGCACCCACUGCAUAUAUUCCUCCAGCUCCAAAUCAAUCGUUUGUGAAACCAGUGGCACCUGAAGAUACAUCUAAAAUUGCUGGCCGCAAAACGUAUUACAGUGAAUACGAAAGGCGUUAUAUAUCUGUGCCGGAAUCAACUUACAUACCUAAUGAAACUAAGUUUCCAGCACAGCCUGAUCCAUCACCUCAAUAUUAUUAUGAUAAUAAUGAACCAGUCGAAUCAGUAGAGCCGCAAUGGCGUAAAGAAUUAAGAGAAUUUACCGAGAAAACUUCGCAGACGUCUGUACAAUUUGAAAAUACUUCUGUACGACCGCCUUGGGAAGAAGAUCCUAAAUAUGCUGCACCUACUGAAUAUCCAUCGACAGUGACACCGAGCUGGACUCAGACAUUGAGGCCGAGAUCAUGGCGAGAAAGAAGUUACGAGCCAGAAUAUGUUGGAUCUAAGGAAUGGCCAAAAACUAACACGCUUGGUCGGGGACGGCCACAAAGUUCGUACGUUAAGAGCAACGUAAAUUCGAUCCCAGAGAGAACUAGAGGAGUGUCAGUUGAUAGAUACAACCCUAACAACUACCAAUCACCGUUGGCUUCUGAACAUCCACCCGUUCAGAGUCACACUUUAAACCCAACUAUUCAUCCAAAAACUUAUCACAACCCUACAGUGCCUGCAUAUCACGCACGUGCUUCUGUUGAACCUAGAGAGCAAGUAACGACAUAUCCACAACACAGAGUGAGAGUAGAGUCAAGAGCUCCUCCAGUUCAAUCAAGGUCGUUUAAAUACCUCCAAUGGAUAACUGGUACAGAAGAUUAAUACAAUAAUAAUUGCUAAAUUUUUUAAGUAUUAGAAACACUCGGCGUACUAAGUGAGCUACGUGUUACUAUCGACAGACUCUAAUAAAUCGAAUUCGAAAAAUACGUCUAAAUUAAGUAAGCAUUAGCAAGUAUUUGGUUAAGAUUUUUAUAAGAAAAUAAUUUUAUAUUUGUUACAUGUAUACACUACGAUUGUAAAUGAAGAUGGAUUUAUUUAACGGUUUUCAUAACUUCUGUCUAGGUCACUGAUUUGAAAAAUGAUCGUACUGUAAUCUUUUCAUAAAUUUUCUCAAGUUAUUUCAGCUUCUAUCUUACAACUAAAAUAAUAAUAAUCAAUCAUAAAACACAGAGUGAAGCACUAAAUCAGUUGAUGUUGUUUCUAGUCUUAGUUUUUAAAUAAUUUAUAUAACAGAUUUAAUUAACAAAUUAAUACCAUAUUAUCACGAUUAUUAUUUCAGCCAUAAUUUGUAUGUCUGUUAUUGGCUUGAGCGGUCAAACUCAAGUGAAUUUGUAACAGUGAUGUAAAUUUUACAUCGAUAAAAUUAAAUGUUUCAUCGAUUAAGACUAUCUCCAAGUGUUUUUACUAAGGUGAAAAUUAUAACGCUAGCUGUACAUUUAAGUAUUGUUUAAGUUUCUGUGCUUAUUCUAGUUUUUCGACGAUUGUGAAUUUUUCUAACAUGACUGUGUAAAUGUUUUGUGUACGGUGAUACUUUAUGUCUUUUUGUCUUUUAAAAAAACAUUUCAUGUGCACUCUUGUACACUGAUCAUUUUAUUUAUUUAUAAUAAUUAUAUUUCGUUAAUUAAAUAUAUUUUAAUUUACUUUUAACAUACCAAAUAAAUAGUGCCAUAUUUAUUAUUUAAUAGUUGCAUGAAACACGUUGUAAUAAUUUAUCGUUAUAUUUAAUUGUGGAUUAUUGUUGAGUUUUAUUAAUAAAAUAUUAAAUAUUA